AUGGAAGUCAAAAAGGGUGUCAACAGGCACAAGACAGUUGAACGCGAGCAUGAGUUCAAAAACGACUUCUGUUAUGAACAGGCGAUCCUUGUGUUACUGGUAAAUAAAGAGUAUGGUGUAUCUUUGGAGAAAGCUGGUAAGCAAAGUGUUUUAACAACAACCAUGCCACGAAUAGCUGGAAUUGUCGUUAAUGAUGAAUUAAUAGACUUAAAACGCUUAUCAGAGAAACAAUGUUCUUUACUUUUUAAUGGCAAAGAAAAGGAUGGGAUUAAAGAGAAAACAUUAUCAAGACGGUAUUCAAAGAACAAAAGCAUUUUUAUCCAAAAUUUCUUUAUUGACACUUUACUUGAAAAAGGCUUCUUUUUCAACUCAAAGCUUUCAAAAAAAUCGGAUAAGACACUUCAGCUUGAAAGAAUCAAAGAAGUCUAUUUUGGAAAAAUAAGGAUUUUUCAAAAGAACGAGAUCAUCAAAGUGGGAAAACAAGUCAACGACUACCUCAGCAAUUUAGUCGAAACCAAAGGGAGGGUUACCUUACAGAAAAACGACACGACUCUUUCUCAAUUCAUACCACAGAGAUUCUCAUUCUUUCAUGUAUAA